AUUUGGGACUUUUCCUCUUUUGUGUUGCUCAGUUCUGCUUCAGUUCUGAUAUCUCUGUCUGGCUGUGGAGGUUUUUCACUGAGAAUUGUGCAGAAUGUCUGAGGAACAUCUUGUUUCUGCUCCAAGUGAGCAGCCUGGCAUCACCAUGAGAUCAACAGGGGGUUCCAACAAGCAGGCGCUGAAGGUGGCCGGACUGACGGUGUUGGCUGCCUUGCUGAUCGCAGGUCAGGCCUUCACUGCCUACUCAGUGUACAACCAGAGCGAGAAACUCAGUCUGCUGGAGAGACGCUCGGACCGCCUGCAGGAGCUGACCAUCAAGGCCAGAGCUAAUCGCACACCAAUGAAGAUGGCCGUCCCAAUGAGGUCCUUCCCUCUUCUGGUUUCUGCUGAUGUCUCAGAUAAGAAGGUGGAAGACGCACCUCCUACUAAAGCACCCCUGACUAGGUGCCAGCAGGAAGCUGCAGGUUUGAUCCCGAUCUCUCUGCCAUCGUUCAAGCCGAAGUGUGACGAGCAGGGUGCCUACACACCUGAGCAGUGCUGGCAGGAGACUCACUGCUGGUGUGUGGACAAGGAUGGUGUUCCAGUGCCUGACUCGGUGGUGGAGGGCCACGCUCAGUGCAAUGCCGCGUAGAUGAUCUGCCGACAAGCACUGAGGGAUGAAACCCACCUUCACAUGAAAAUCCUUUUUCAUCAGCUUUUUUCUGACUUUCAUAAGUUAAAGUAGUGCGCAACUUUAAUUAUUAUUUGCAGGCAUUGAGACAUUACGCAUUUUUGGGAUAGUUGGUUAAAAUCAAGCUUCAUAAUAAGCAUCAUAUUAUUACGAUAAGCCUAAUGCACUGACUUGGCUAGUUUGGGCAUUUGUCGCAAGAAACUGUUCUUUUUUUUUUCGUCAUAUUUUAACAGUAUAAUCUUACUAUCCUUUUAAUUUUUAACCUGCACUGCAUGAGACGACGACAAGCAGUGCAUGAGAUUAACAAGAAUAUCUGUAUUCUGGGUUUAAACAGCUAGAAUUGGUGAAAAUAAAUUUCUACUAACAAAA